AUGGCUGCCUCGACCACGACAGGCACCGAAGACGAGAACGGCGGCAUGGCGCCGGCACUGCCGCUGACGCCCGUCCACCUCGCGCUGCACCACACCCUCUUCAGCUCGUGGUACCCGCUCUUCCGCUCCGACUCGCCCAAGGCCACCCUGAUCCCCGUAUCCACGCUGCAGCCCGACUUCCUACCCUGGCUCGAGGCGGACAGCAUCGUCCUCCCGCGCGACUCCGGCCACAUCUCCACCAAGCCGUCGCCGGCGCAUCCGGACGGUCGCUUCCAGUCCCUCUCCGACGACGAGGCCGAGGUCCUCAGCGCACCUUCUGACGACGACGACGACGAUGCGGAAGCGGAAGAGCCGCCCACGUUUGCCGCGCUCGAUGCGGCGAUACGUACCGCCAUAGCGAGGUACGAUGGCGCCGUCUUCCCCAAGCUCAACUGGAGCGCGCCCCAGGACGCCGCGUGGAUCCUGCCCGGCUCGACGCUGCGCUGCACCACACCCGAAGACGUCUACCUCGUCCUCAAGAGCUCCGAUUUCGUCACAAAGGACGUGGAGCAGGCUGCUGAGCUGGCGCAGCUGCAGCGGCAGCGGCAGCAAGCAGACGAGCGGCCGGACACGCUCGAAGCCGCCACAUCCCGUCUUGCCGUCUCGUCCGGCUCCGAUUCCGCCAACCCUGCCCCGUCGACAGCAACAGCAACAGCACAGCCGCCACGACCUGCGGCAGCGACAUCGGCAACGGCAGCAACAGCGACGACGGCGACGCCAGCGACGCCGGAAUUGACGCUGGUGCUGAAAAAGUACUUUGAGAUGCCCAAGUCGCACGAGUUCCGGUGCUUUGUGCGGCGGCACACGCUCGUCUGCCUGUCGCAGCGCGACAUUACCUUUUUCGAGCACCUCCAGCCGACCGAGGUGCAGCGGACGGUGCGGCGGCGGAUCGGCGAUUUUUUCGAGGCGGUGCUGAGGCCGCGCAUGCCCAUCGCCGACUACAUCUUUGACGCCUACCUCACCCGCGAUAUGGGCCGGGUGUUUGUCGUCGACGUCAACCCGUUCCUGCCGCGUACCGAUCCUAUCCUCUGGGAGUGGCAGGAGGUUGAGGCCCUGGCGGUUGAGAGGGUGGCGAGGAGGGAGGAGAGGGAGAGAGGCCAGGAGGGGGAGCAGGAUGUGGCGUCGCAGUCGUUUCCGACGUAUUCGCAAAACAUGGUGCCCAAGGACGUCAUUGACGUGUCCAACGGACAGGGCAUCGCCGAAUUCGCGCGACACUGGACCGACCAGCUCGCCGCUGCUCAGGCCAACGUGUCCGAUGAUGAGUAG